UGAUUGUAGAGAGAGAAAGCAUAACAUUUUGCUUUCUUUUCUAUGAUCUCGUGAAAAAAUUUGUAUAUUGUGAGAAAAUCUGGUUUCAGUUAGUCAUAAACAAUCAUCAUCUGCAUUAUUUUCACAAGUGUUCAAGUGCCGGUCGCAAAAAGGAAGAUGCCAGAAAUAAAACUGAAGUCAUCUGACGGAGAGAUUUUCACUGUGAAUGUCGAUAUAGCAAAAUGUUUUGCUGUCAUAAGGAACCAGUUGCUAACUUACGUCGGGGAUGAUAUAGAAGAUGAGGUAGUGAAAAUAGACCACGCUAGUUCAGACAUAUUAAAGAAGGUGAUCGAGUGGGCAACGUACCACAGUAAUAUACCGGAGGGUGAACAAGAUGAAGAAGAGAAAGAAAAAAUUUUAGCUUGGGAAAAAGAGUUUUUAAAUGUCGACAAAAAAACCACAUUUGAGCUAAUGAUGGCGGCGAACUUUCUGGGUAUUUCAAGUUUGAUAGAUGUUACCUGUAAAAAGCUCGCAGCUGCGAUGCACGGAAAUGCAGAAAAUGUUUCGGAUUUUUUGAAUAUGUAUUAACACAAAAGUUAUUUCACAACGAAUUGUUAUGAUGUGCGAGUUUUUGAUGUUUAUUAGUGAUUAAUUUUUGUUAUUUAUGUAAAACAUUGAAAAAUAAACCUAUAAUAUUUCUUUUUUCAA